CCCGAGGGAGCUCUGCACUCCGCCCGAAGAGUGCGCUCGGCUCUGCCAAGGACGCUGCGCUCGUGACUGAGCGCGGGCUGGAGCAACCGCCAGCUGAGUGCAAACCCUUUGCGCCCGGACCAGUCCAACGACUAUAAAGAGAGCAGACUGUCCGCUAAGCCUCAUCCCGACUUCAGCAGCCUGACUGCCUUCUUGUCGCUUACACCGUUGCUCCAGAUUCACCAGAUCUCGGAAUGGACCCCAACUGCUCCUGCUCCACCGGCGGCUCCUGCACCUGCUCCAGCUCCUGUGGCUGCAAGAACUGCAAAUGCACCUCCUGCAAGAAGAGCUGCUGCUCCUGCUGCCCCGUGGGCUGCUCCAAAUGUGCCCAGGGCUGUGUCUGCAAAGGUGCCUCAGACAAGUGCACGUGCUGUGCCUGAAGUGAUGAACUGUGCUGCUGCCCUCAGGUGUAAAUAAUUAUCGGACCAACUCAGAGUCUUGCCGUACAGCUCCACCCAGUUUACUAAACCCCGUUUUCUACCGAGCAUGUGAAUAAUAAAAGCCUGUUUGAUUCUAA